GAGGUUUUCGGCAUGGAACUUCUCAAAUACCGGGUCAGCUAGGAACGAUCUUGUCAUGCCACGCCAUUUUCCUGUCACCGGUCCACACGUAGACGGCCACCUCUCGAUCUUUUGACGCUAUAUCCGGAUAAUAUACGCGUAUCCGGAUGUUACAAAAGCUUGGAGACCGGGCUCAUAGAUUUAAAUCAGGAAAGCGUCACCGGCGGUAGAAUCAUCGGUAAAAACCGUCUUAGAAGAUAGCUCAACUUCAUCGUCAACCUUCGUCACAACUAGGAUAUCUUCAAGAAGUAUCUCGGUGUUAAGAAGAAGGGCCAUGGAUGACGACGACGGCGAAAACGUGGUGGAUUUCUCUCGGUCCGACCUGGACCUGUUCCCGGAGCAGCUGACAGAGACGGCCGGUGCCUUGGACUGUAAGACCCUUCUCCUAACGCACAACCGUAUAGCGAUCUUACCGCGGGCCAUUUCUCAAUUCCAAAGUCUCCAAGUCCUCGAUUUUAGCUCCAACCACUUGAGUUACAUCUCAGAAGAGAUCGUACAGCUCCCGAAACUUCGUACUUUGAUCGUGAAAAACAACAGAUUGGACGAGUCCGCCCUCCCCAAGAACUUGGAACUCGCUCCGUCCCUCGAAGUGUUGAAUCUCAGCGGGAAUCUUUUUACUGAUUUUCCCUCACAGUUCACGCAAAUGGACAAACUAAAAGCUUUGUACUUGGGAGGCAACAGGAUUAGAACACUGCCACCGGAGAUAGAGAACAUGCAAGGCCUGGAACUGCUCUACCUAGGAGGUAACUACCUGACCAGUGUACCGGUGGAAGUAAGCACCCUGUCAAAUCUGUCCUGCCUGGUUCUGUGUGACAACAGACUACAGCACCUGCCCAAGGAACUCAGUAGGAUGAAGAGUCUACGCUCGCUCAGUCUACACAACAACAUGCUCACUACCUUACCUACAGAAAUGAUCAAACUCAGAAAUCUACAAGAGCUCAGUUUACGUGGUAACCCUCUGGUGGUCCGGUUCGUCCGAGAUCUGACCUAUGACCCGCCGUCCAUGCUUGAGCUGGCGGCACGAGUGGUGAAGAACCAGGGUGUGGCGUACUCUCCGGACAACUUACCCUCCACACUCGUACAGUACUUAGAUGCAGCCUGUAGAUGUGUCAACCCCAAGUGCAAAGGUGUGUACUUUGAGUCCCGUUUCAAAAACGUCAAGUUCGUUGACUUCUGCGGAAAGUACCGCCUCCCUCUACUGCAGUACCUCUGCUCGCCAAACUGUAGCGUCCCGGGCCAAGAGCUCGCCUACAGCGACUCGGAAUCCGAGGACGAACCCAACGUGCCUGCCAACAAGAUGAAGAAGGUGCUUCUGGGAUAGCUCUGUGCCUGUAAGAAGUCUCGUACAAAACUUAGCUCUGUAACCUUUUUAAUUAUCUAGAUUUACCUAAAAAAUGUCAUUCUUUUCUUCAGGCUUCUGAAGAUUAUAAGUUCGUCAUUUUUAAUGUUACGGUAAUACAAGAUAGAACUUCAGUGUCCAAGUAGACUGGUCUGGCACUAGUGCCACUGUAAAUGACCAUGAUGUGGGGCACCAAUGUGGCACUAGUGUACUGUUUUACAAGGGUAAGCAUUAAUUCUAAAUGGUGCUCAUUGGACUAAUCUACAGUGUAAGCUGCAUCAACAGUUAAGUUUGUUGCAAAUUACUACAUGCCGGAACUAAAAUGGAUGUGUAAGUGCACUUGUGUGAAUAUGUACUAUGUGUAUGUACUUAGCAGGCAAAUCAUUUUUCUACAACAUGUUUGGUAAAUGGUAAAUAUUCCAUGUCACAGAAAGAAUAUUUUUAGCCGAGUGUUUGAGCUUGAGCCGAGGUCUGGUUGACUAAGGGCAAAAGACAGGCGAUAGAUAGUUGGAAUUUGAAUGAAAAGUGUAUUUUGUGACCAUUGGCAGGGCCUUAAUAGAUUUGCAAAAUCACGAAUGUCUUUGUAAUAUAAAAUGUAUGCUGUUACUUAGGAUGGAUAUAUGUUUAUUUUACUAUGUAGUAUCAAUAAAAAAAAUUAAAAAGGACAUUUUUGUAGAGCUGACAGAAUCCAAGAAUGUCUUAGACAGAAGUGCAAUAGAGAUGUAGAGUUUACUGAUGAUUGCAAUUGCUCUAUCAGUGUACGUGUGCCAUGUGGAUGUACUGAAACUUUUGAAGAAGCAAGCAGCCAAUACUGUAGAUAUGUCAGUGUAUGACUGUGUAGGAAGUAUAUCAGACAUUAAUAUUGUGCACUUAUGCCAGUAUAGUCAUGUUUUUAUGUUUCAUGGACAGUGUUCGGAUAUGUAUCACAUUUACAUCUGUUGUUAAAAACAGCAACACAAACAUGGCUUAUUGAAUGACAUCUGGGCACGCACAAUUUCUCCUUUUGUCUGGAAAAAGAAAUCAUGUUUCUUUCCUUACUUAGUGCUGGUAAAAAGUCCGGAAUUCUGCUACAAAAUGAGAACAAGUACAUUACAAAAUGACAUAUAUUCAUAGUUCUCUAAACAUGCAUUUUUUUUCACUCUUACCUCAAAUUUGACCUCUCCAGACGAUGCCAUUCUUUGAAUCAGGAUUGUGUCCUGUUUAUUUCAUUAGGUGUAUUUCAUCUUUUAAGCCAAUUAGUAAUUACUCAAGCAACUGGACAUGAUGUUGGAAACGGUCAUAUCCGGUUGCUUGAGUAAUUGCUAUUUGGCGAAUCUUAAUGCCUCGAUGUCUAACCUUCAUUGACUACUUUCAUCUUUUUAUUUUAACAAAAGUUGUAUUUAGAUGUUGAUCAUCAUCAUAAUCAUUCUUCGACCCUAAGGGAUACCACCAGCCUUGGUUUUAAUUUGUAGUACUGUAAACAGAAAAGAAUAACGUUAUUAUUGAGGCAUCAAAUGUUAUCAAAAUGAAAAGUGCCAUUGCCCAAAUAACAUGAACAUCGUUAAUUGUAUCAGGUCUACUGUUACAUGGAUGGGCAAGUGUGAGUAACAGUGUGGUUUUCAUUUAGAAGCACCUGUGAUGCUCAGUUGUGUUCAUGUGAUAGCCUGUAAGAACACUGUGUAGAGAUGACACGGGUCCAGACCCAGUCUCUAUAUGUAUGUGUUGUAGGGUUUUCCUUCAUGGACUCAGAAAGCCUUGAUGUCUUGCAGUGUACAAAUACAGAUCAUUGGCAAACUACAGUUA